AUGUUGCCAAUACCGGACAUUUUGCAUCGCACACUGGUAUACAGUCUUGCGGGAAUUUGCGUACUUGGAGUAGGCGCCGGUGUAGCAGUGACCAGGGACACUGUCCGCCGCGGGCGAGAGGUCGGCCCCGAUCAUGCCCUUGAGGAGCGCAAAGCGGCAGGCCUAUCUAUUGAAACUGAACCAGCAGCUAAGAAGGCCGUGAACGACGAAGAGAAAUGGGCGGAAAUGGCGCAGGGUGUUUGGGCACGCACGAAUAUUGGCAAAAAGAAUGCUGCGCCCAAAGCUGUUUGA